UACUUCCCCGCCUCAAGCUGUGUCCACAUUGAAGCUUCUUGUUGAGGAAGAAGCGCAACGCAGCCUACUUUUUACUUCUCCGAAGCUUCCUGUAAGGCUCAUACAAAACUGUCGUUAUAUAUGUGUGUGCAUUCAGUUAUAGUACAGAGAGAGCGACUUAUCAAAAAAAAAAAAAAAAGUAGAGAGCGACUGUACGAAAUACCAGAAAUGGGUUGUGAAACGAAACAACAAAACAAAAGAAUGGGGAAACGCCAAUCGUCGUCUCAACGCAACCCACCGAAACCGAAAGUUGCCAAAAGGAAAUAUCGUGGAUCUCGGAAAAUGAAGAUUCUGGAAAAGGAACCGGAAAAGGAAUUGGAAGCGUUGGAAGCAAAGGCAUGGGAGAUGAGAAGGAAAGUUAAGCAAAUGAAAUUGGAAUAUCGGAAAUCAAAGGCAAAGCUGAGAAAACUUGAGCGGACUACUGCAGAAAUCAGGGAAGCCCAUCAUCAAGCAUCCAUCAGCAAUGCUCAGGACCAGCUUUUACUUCAAGCUAUGCUUCCUCUUUUCCUUGAUUAAAGUUCAGUUAAAAAAAGGCAUCUUCUCCUUGGGGACGAUAAUAAAGGAUGAAUAUUCCAUGAAGUUGACUG